GCUGAGACAGAGACGAGAUCAUCUUCGCGUGUGAGUUUGCGACCUAGUGAUAAUGAGUAGCAUGAUUACGCGCUUAGUGCUAUCAUUGAUGAUUACCUUCCCCAACGCAGGCAGUAACUUGAACUGUUUUGAGUUAUAUUGCACUACGCUCCCAAGAACUUUCUUUUUUAUCGACAACAAAUCAAUGUUUACUGUAGUUGUCUAUGUCCAUCUCCAUCUUGCUUUAGACGACAUUUCUCGAAGUUUCCAAAAUUUCCAUGGCUCCUUUUUUACGCCUAGUUGUAACCACGGAGCAUCCAAAUCUGUCAUUGUUUGUGUGCAGGCCGACAAUUUAUGUUCUUUUCGCUAAAUAAAUUUUCCUCCAUCCUAUGACUAUAUUUGAGUGUGUGAAGAAGAUGUAUCUCACUUCGUUGUUUGGUUCAACUUCGGACACUUGUUUUGCAUGUCAUCGUGGUUAAGUCAUUUUAUAUCAAAUGGUAAAUGGAACUGGUGACUAUGACAAACAUGGUCGAACUAUUGACCUCCAUCAUCGACGUAGUCUCUCACCAAUCAAAUACAAAUCCCACACCUCUUUUACCUUGAUGUUGAUUGUUGAGAAGAGCAGCAGGCAUCGACAGGCUACGAAGUGGAGUAAAGACGCGUGCUGAUUGCCGGAUCGAGCUGCUUAUAUAGAAUAUACGCCUCCUCCAAGGGCAACCAGAAGGCCUCAAGAUGCCGAUGAAGAUCCGACAUCAAGCUUCAAAGCCCAGGAUCGUGGGGGCACCCUUCGGUCCCGCACAGAGACUUUUUAUGUGGAUGGUGUAUCUGAUGGUGUGGCACAGUAGUCUAUACUGGAUAAUAUUGGUUGAGGCAAGCGGGGACUGUCAAGGAUCGAUGUUCUAUUGCCACGUAACUGAUGCCUACGAGACGGACUGCACGGUCUGCGGCGACUACAAUGUGGCCGAUUUGGGCACCAACAAAUGCAUCAAAAGACAGGUACUUACAAGAAUUGAUGUGUUGUCGUGUUGUCAUCCUUUUUUCGACAUUGUUCUUGUGAAUGUCAUGUUCUUGUCUCGCUGGGUAGAAAUUUCACAACUGCGUAUUGAGUAGACAAACUAAAGCUCCUAAAAAGAUUAAUUUUGGAAUUUCACCAGAACAUAAACUUUUCCUUACAUCAUGCUCCUGUUCAUACACACAAACGACAUGUUGAUGUUGACGCAGAUGUUUUCUAGCGAUUACACGGUGAACGACUUUUUUGGGCUGCUAAUUUGGUUCCUGUCUAGUGGGUUGGCAAUGGCUUCUGGCGCAGGCGGCGGUGGCAUUUACGUCCCCCUUGGGAUGCUCCUCCUGCGAUUCGGCGCAAAAACCGCUACAGGUUUGUCGCAGGCUAGCAUUUUCGGAAGCAGUUUGGGCGGAUUGUUCAUCAACUUGCGACAGCGCCACCCAAUUGCGAACAGACCUGUGAUAGACUUGGAUAUGGCUCUAUUUUUAGCGCCGAUGGAGAUGGCGGGUGCAGUGUUGGGCGUUCUGAUUCAGCAACCUCUGCCUGACUGGUCUGUGAUCUUGAUAAUGGCGGUCGUCCUCUCUUACACCUCGUAUUUGACCCUGAACAAGGGGUUCACUCAGCGAGAAAAGGAGAAGAAAGCCAUAACGCUGAACAAGGCGAGUCUUCAAGAAAAGGACCAAGUUGUAGAUGCUGUUGUUCUUGGGGAUCAUAUUGAACAAGGCAAUCUCAACGACACGGGUACUAGGGAUAUUGAACAAGGCAACGGCAUUUGUUCUGCGUCACUUGAUGGAAAGGAAGCAACACAAGAUGGAAUAGAGCAUGCUGCGAACAAGAGUAGUUUUAGGAAAGAACCCGAUGGCGAUGAUGUUGAUACAAGUGCGGCACGACCAACAGACCUGGGACAAGUUCAAGUCGAGCUGUCUGAUGCAACCGAAGGCCAGCACAAUUUCUUGUCAAUUUCAAAAGAUGAAAAGCCCAUAAUUCCUGCGACUAGCUUCAAGCCUGAUUCUUCGGAGACAACCACGCCAAGCUCUACUCAGCGAAGCCUCAAUGGUACGACAGAACCGUGGGUGAUCUCUGCUCAAGCUGUGGACAAGAACCAAGAAAAUAUAGGUGCAACCAAACUCGAACUCCAGGAGACCACAGCAGAAGUUCCAAAGGAUGCAGCAGCCAUUAUUAUGGGGGCUUUGGAAGAGGGCUUGCCCUCUUACCUUCGGAGGAGAGCGAACCAGCAAAUGUACACGCCAGACGAAUGGAUACACAUGGAUGCGAAAGUACCGCAAAGGCAGUGGGGCUAUCUCAUCGGACUAUGCCUCUUUCUGGUACUGAUGUAGUAGCUCUACUUGUUUUCCUUUUUGUCACGAUGUUGACAGUUUCGAUUUGCUUAUUGAUGUAUUUUUGUUAUUUAUACUGGAGUAUUUCUAUAGGGUUAGCAGUUGUCUGUAUGUGUAUCCAUAUUUAGCUUGUUGAUCCAUCUUCCUUGAACUUCUGUAAAAAUUAGUGCCUAGUCCACCUUCAGAUGAUCUCCUAUUUCAGAUGUUGAUGCUUCUUCUUCGCGGCGGCAAGGGUGUCGAGAGUAUGCUCAAGGACGCGGUUCCUGUCUGCGGUGCCGGGUACUGGAUCCUGACUUGCCUCUCGUUUCUGGGCUUGUUUCUCUUUGGACUGGUCAUGGCGCGGCGAGCAGUGCAUAAGAGCAUCCGCAAGCAGGCGGUUGGCUAUAAAUUUGUCGAUGGUGACGUGCUGUGGACGUGGCGCGGUGCUGGUUUCUACGCUUAAGGCUCCACAAAACCCAACCCCACGUGGAUCCUGUUAAAGCACUGCGCUGGUGGUGCCUCGCGCUGUUGUAUUCAGGCCAGUACUUCUGAGAGGCAAGUUCUUUGACGGGAUAUAUUCACGGGAUGGGUUAAGGGUAGCUCUAAUUCGCCUUCUGGACCUUCAUUGCUGGGAUUAUUGCGGGUCUGAUCGGCAUCGGCGGCGGAAUGGUUCUAGGACCUCUGAUGCUGCAGAUGGGGCUCUUGCCGCAGGUCUCCACCGCAACGACCGCAACUUUGAUCGUACUCACGUCAGCGUCCGCCGCCUUCAUGUUCAUCACGAGUGGGUUGGUGCCCCUGUCCUACGCCGCUACGUUUUUCGUCGUCUCCUUUCUCGGCGCUUACCUGGGGAAGGCGAAGAUAGAUCGCUACGUGAAGGAACGGAACGCAACUUCGAUCCUAAUCUUCAUCCUCGCAUUCAUCAUUGCCUCCGCAACAAUCAUGAUCUCGGUCGCAGGCGUCUCUCGCUAUAGCGGUCAGGACUGGUGCCUGGAAUCCGCACAACCCCUGUGCAAAGGCUAGUGGAGAGCGUACAGCCUUGGUGCAGUGGAUAGCGACUGGAGACGCCUUUGUACUUGGAGAGCCUUUCUGCAAAGGCAAGUUCUAGUUCUUGUUCUAGUUCUUCCAUAAUGCUACUCUUCAAUGAUUUAACGUAACGCUUGGUUGACCUGUAUUUAGAAGUAGGUCCAUAAAAGGAGUCUGCACAGGACAUACAUUGGAGCCAAAGAGCAGCAA